AUGGGCUAUAAAUUUCUAAAAUUUGCAUCUACUUCAAUUAAGAGUGGUACUGUAAGAGUUGGAGUCAGACAGUAUGCAACCUCACAUGAUGCAGAUCUUGUAGUCAUUGGUUCGGGCCCUGGCGGGUAUGUAGCUGCAAUUAAAGCAGCUCAGUUGGGUUUAAAGACAAUCUCAGUGGAAAAAGACCCAACUUUAGGUGGCACAUGCUUAAAUGUUGGUUGUAUUCCAUCAAAGGCAUUGCUGCAUAAUUCUCACUUAUACCACAUGGCCAAGCAUGACUUCAAACACAGGGGUAUUGAAGUUGGUGAAGUCAAGUUUGACUUUGACGCUAUGAUGACCUACAAAUCAAAUGCUGUGAAAGCUCUUACCGGUGGAAUUGCCAUGCUUUUUAACAAAAAUAAGGUACAACUAGUUCGUGGAGUGGGCUCCAUCGUUGCCCCCAACAAAGUUGAAGUACAGGGAGAAAAAGGAGUUGAAACUAUAAACACUAAAAAUAUCAUAAUUGCAACUGGAUCUGAAGUCACACCAUUCCCCGGAGUUACUUUUGAUGAGAAACAAAUCAUUACUUCCACUGGUGCUCUUGCUUUAACCAAAGUACCCAAGAAGAUGUUGGUUAUUGGUGCUGGUGUGAUUGGUUUGGAAUUAGGCUCAGUUUAUCAAAGGCUUGGUGCUGAUGUCACAGCCAUCGAAUUCCUUGAAAGCAUUGGAGGAAUUGGUAUUGAUGGAGAAGUAUCCAAAACUCUACAAAAGAUUUUAGCUAAACAAGGUAUGAAGUUUAAACUAGGAACUAAAGUAACUGGUGUGCGAAAGGAAGGUGAAACUGUUAAAAUUGAUGUGGAAGCUGCCAAAGGUGGAAAUAAGGAAACUUUGGAUUGCGAUGUGGUUCUGAUCUCCAUCGGCCGCCGGCCGUUCACUAAGGGGCUGGGCCUAGACAAGGUGGGCAUCGCUCUAGACGACAGGGGUCGUGUGCCCGUCAACAAUAAAUUUCAAACAACUGUACCUGGAAUUUAUGCCAUCGGUGACGUCAUCCACGGGCCCAUGUUGGCGCACAAGGCGGAGGACGAAGGCAUUGUGUGCGUGGAAGGAAUUAAGGGAAUGCCAGUACAUUUCAACUACGACGCCAUUCCAUCUGUAAUCUACACAUCACCUGAAGUCGGUUGGGUUGGAAAAACUGAAGAGGAUCUCAAAAAAGAGGGGAGAGCGUACAAAGUGGGCAAGUUUCCGUUCCUGGCGAACUCGCGCGCGAAGACCAACGGCGAGCCCGACGGCUUCGUCAAGGUGCUGGCAGACAAGGCCACAGACAUCAUACUCGGCACUCACAUCAUUGGGCCCGGCGGCGGCGAGCUGAUCAACGAGGCGGUGCUGGCGCAGGAGUACGGCGCCGCGGCCGAGGACGUGGCCCGCGUGUGCCACGCGCACCCUACAUGCGCCGAAGCGCUACGAGAAGCCAACUUAGCGGCGUACAUCGGCAAACCCAUCAACUUC